CAUGACUUUUUUAAUAAGUCGCGAUGGCGAACGUCCGAGUCUGCAGUGAUUAUUUAUAUUAAUAAAAUCUAUUCUUUGUCAUUUUUUUUUCAUCUGAUCAGCUGAUUCACUAGAGAACGUAGAAAAAACGCAAAAUGCGUAGCAGAAGCAACUCUGGUGUCCGUUUGGACUAUUACCAAAGGAUUGUUCACAAAAUAAUCAUGAAUUAUCAGAAUCCUGUCACUGGGCUCUUUCCUGCAAGUCCUGAUAAUGAUCAUGCUUGGAUACGUGACAAUAUUUACUGCAUACUUGCUGUGUGGGGUCUGUCAAUGGCGUACAAGAAGAUAGCGGAUGCUGAUGAAGACAGAGCAAAGACUUAUGAACUGGAACAAAGCUGCGUGAAGCUAAUGAGAGGUCUAUUGAUGGCAAUGAUGCAACAAAAGGAAAAAGUGGAAAAGUUUAAAUCUAGUCAAAAUCCACAUGAUGCCUUACAUGCAAAGUAUAGCUCUGUCAAUGGUCAAACAGUAGUUGGAGAUACUGAAUGGGGACAUAUUCAAAUUGAUGCAAUUUCUCUAUAUCUGUUAAUUUUGGCCCAAAUGACAGCUUCUGGUUUACAGAUUGUUUUCAACUUGGAUGAGGUGGCUUUCAUUCAAAACUUGGUUUUUUAUAUUGAAUCUGCUUACUGUACACCCGAUUAUGGAAUUUGGGAGAGGGGAGAUAAAACUAAUCACGGCUUGCCAGAACUAAACGCAAGCAGUAUUGGUAUGGCUAAAGCUGCAAUGGAAGCAAUGAACGAAUUGGAUUUGUUUGGCGCGAGAGGUGGACCUACGUCAGUUAUUCAUGUUCUGGCUGAUGAGGCACAAAAGUGUCAAGCAGUGUUACAAUCCAUGUUACCCAGAGAAUCAAAUUCCAAGGAAUUGGACAGUGGUUUAUUGUCAAUUAUAAGUUUUCCUGCGUUUGCAGUAGAUGAAUCUAAUUUAAUUCACGAGACACGAGACGCCAUCACUAAAAAAUUACAAGGACGAUACGGUUGUAAAAGAUUUCUAAGGGAUGGAUAUAAAACACCAAAAGAGGAUGCAAAUAGAUUAUAUUAUGAACCAUGGGAACUUCGGAUGUUUGAGAAUAUUGAAUGCGAGUGGCCAUUGUUCUUCUGUUAUUUAAUAUUGGACUAUUGUUUCCAAGGCAAUAAAGAAGCAGUUGAGAUGUACACCAAGCAAUUAGAGGAAGUAAUGAUUAAAACAGAUGAUGGUAUGAAAUUAGUGCCAGAAUUAUAUUCUGUUGCAUCUAAGGAUGUAUCGGCGGAGUAUGCCGAACCUGGUAGUCAAAGUCGAAUAGCUUUGGGCAGAUGCCCAUUUAUGUGGGCGCAAUCUCUUUAUAUUUUAGGAAAGUUAUUGCAAGAAGGAUUUCUAGCAGUUGGAGAGUUGGAUCCAUUAAACAGGCGACUGUGCAGUGAAAAAAAGCCGGAUGUAGUGGUGCAAGUAGUUAUCUUGGCAGAAGACACAGAAAUUAGGGAAAAAAUUGCACAGCAUGAUAUUCAUGUGCAAACGAUUGCAGAAGUUGCGCCGAUCGAAGUACAGCCUGCAAAAGUGCUCAGUCAUUUAUACACAUAUUUAGGACGUAACAAGAAAUUAGGCUUAUCUGGACGUAAAUCAAGAGAUGUAGGAAUCCUCAGCACUAGUAAACUGUAUUCCUUGCACGACAAGAUAUUUGCAUUCACGCCUCAGUUGACAGAUAUGACCCGCUUCUACAUCGCAUCGGACUAUGAGCUCAUGAUUGACAUAUUCAAAGGUGAAAUUAAUUUCUUGAAGUCUAGUUGGCAGAAUAUGUUGGGCCGGCCUCUCGUGGUCAUGCCCCUCAAGAAUAUUCAUCUAGACCAAGGUAAAAUACCAUUAGCCAUGAUAACUACCAUGAAGAAGCUCAAGAGCGGCUACAUUAAUGGUACAAGAGUAUCAUUAGGAAAUUUAAAUGAUUUCUUAAGCACGUCAUGUAUCACGAAUCUUAGUUUUUUGGGGAGUUCUGAGGACGGUCGCCCUGAUAAAUUAAAUCCUCAGAUUCAACAAUAUUUGGAGGAACAUCUAAUGCGGCCAUUCCCUCAUCGUACAGGACUUCUCAAUAAACCUGGACCAAUUCGUACAGGAAAAAAUCUGCGGCGUAAAAUGUCGGUGAAAGGCGCGAUAAAAAAGACACGAUCCAUAGCCGUCGAACCUGAAAUUCUUGGGAUGGCAGGGGAAGAUCGUAGACAUUCUACCGUUUUAACAACAAAUCCAUUUAUUGAAGUGACAGAUACCACAUUGUCUCUCAAUUCCACUCAACCGAUGACGGUUGAACGUACACCAUCGCCAACGGAUGAGCUGUUAUCGUGGAGAAAUUCUUCUAAAACUAAACAUAAAACAACAUCCGAAACUCAGUAUGCUGAAACCGAGGUGGAGGAAUUGCUAUCUAUGCUUCGCGAAACAGAAAGUCUCGAAGAGCAAGGAGAUAUCUUGCAAUAUCUUGUAGACUCAAAAGGAUUAUACUUUGAUACGGGUGUAAAGGAAGAAGGACAUCCCGUUUUGGUGAAGGAUCUAUUGAAAAGUCUUUAUGAAAAAGUAUGUCAACAGAAAAUGUGGGGUAUUGUACGACACAGCGCUGGAAUGUUAGGUAAAAGGGUGGAGGAUUUAGCGAAGGCAGUUACUGAUUUACUAGUGCGUCAAAAGCAAGUCACUGUUGGCAUGCCGCCGAGCAAUGAGCAUACUAUUGUCGCACCUUUGCCAGAGAACGAGCUACGAGCUUUGAUUCAUCAAGCAUACGGUGACGACGAAUCAACCGCCAUGCUGACGGAAGAAUUGCUCGUUUAUUUAGCGAUGUUUAUCAGAACGGAGCCGCAAUUAUUUCACGAGAUGUUGAGGUUGCGAGUCGGCCUGAUCAUCCAAGUUAUGGCAACGGAACUAUCACGAACGUUAAUCUGUACGGGUGAAGAAGCUUCCGAACACUUACUAAAUUUGUCUCCUUUUGAGAUGAAAAACUUAUUACAUCAUAUUAUGAGUGGGAAAGAAUUUGCUAUUAGUAGUGUUGGCCGGGGCAACUUUUCUGUCAUCAGUUGCAAAUCGAGUAGAGUCAGUAAGAAAUCUCAAAUUGGUGGUUUCUUAAGUGCUGAACAAAAUGCUGAUAGUACCGAAGCAGAAGCCGACCGACAAGGUCAAUGGUUACGAAGGCGACGAUUAGAUGGUGCAUUGAACAGAGUACCAAGAGAUUUCUAUCCGCGUGUAUGGCAAGUACUUGAAAAAUGUAACGGUUUAGCAAUUGAGGGAAGAAUGCUGCCACAGAAUCUCACACAAGAAAUGACAUCAGGAGAGUUGAAAUUUGCUUUGGCUGUAGAAACUGUACUGAAUACUAUACCACAACCAGAAUAUCGUCAACUUGUUGUUGAGGCUCUAAUGGUGCUGACAUUAGUAACCGAAUACAAUGUUGUGCCAUCUUUAGGUGGUCUAAUCGAGGUUGAAAAUUUAGUCCAUAAAGCAAAUGCUAUUUUCUUGGAAGAUCAGAUGGCUAUUGAUGGUGAUGCAACAUUGUGUUGUGCAAAACCAAAGGAACAACGUGAAAUGACAGCUAUGGGGACACUCCUUUGUGGUGGAGCAGCAUAUAUUUGUCAACACUUUUAUGAUAGUGCUCCUAGUGGAAGUUAUGGAACAAUGACGUACAUCACGAGAGCUAUUGCUAUGAUGCUUGAUUGUUUGCCAAAAGAUGGUGAUUUAGAAUGUUCAAUAUCGUAG